UUACAUUACUACGGUAUCGCGAAAAGUAGAAGAGUUUUGGCCGCCGUGGUCUGCCGUAGAUUACUGACGUCAGGGGUCAAAGUUGAUCCCUCGCAAAACAGAAACACAGGAGGGAGAAUCUAAAUGUGACAAGAACGAAAAUGUCUGCUAAAAAAGUAUCAGGUAGCAAGGCAGUGAAAGCCAGACACGCCGAAGAGGAAGCGAGGAGGAGAGAAGUGUUGAAGGAAGCUCUGAGAGACAAGCUGGACCUGGAGAAGAGGGCUCUGCAGGUGGUGGAGCGGCUGUUGGAAGACAGUGUGCCUGAAGACUUCCUCAUAGACUGUGCUAAGUUCAUCACCCCCGCCAACUUCAAAGACGUCAAUGAGGAGAGAUUCAUUGCUAAAAUGUGUGGAUAUCCUAUAUGUGAGAAUAAACUGGGCAAGGUUCCAACUCAACUGUUUAAAAUCUCAACCAGGAACAACAAAGUCUACGACAUCACUGAACGCAAGUACUUUUGCAGUAAUUUCUGCUACAAAGCCGCAAAGGAGUUUGAGCUAAAGAUCUCGACCACCCCUCUGUGGCUCCGGCACCAUGAGAGCCCUCGACAAAUCACACUGCUGAGGAAGGGAGAUGGCGGCAGCACCGGUGCGGAGGUGAAGAUAGCUGUGAGGCGUCUGCAGGAGGAAGACAUCGAGGGGCCCGCCGUGGCCCUCAGCGCGCCCUCGGACCCCCAGCGCCCCAGGGGUCUCCACGCCCCCGGCUCCCUCCACAGCGACGACAGUGACGACGAGCAGGGCUUUGUUUCCAGUAUCGUCACCGGCGAGGGCCCCGGACCCAGGGUGCACUGGGGCGAGCUGCCCCCGCGCACGGACCCCCCGGGCCACACACAGAGGCAGGGGAAGGAGGAGGAGGAGGAGGAGGAGGAGGAGGAGGGUCGGCAUCAAGAAGGUGAAAGCAUUGUGGAGGAGAGAGGAGAAGUUGGAGGAGAGUCAGUCGUAUGUAAAACAGAGGACGGAGCGGGCCUCGGAGGGACAUUGAACCUCGAUGCAGCGCAUGCGCCCCUGCCCAGCGUCCAGCAGACACCAGGGGAGUCGGGGCAGGAGAGCUCUGUGCCAGCACAGUCUGUGGAGGUGGAGGAGGCAGUGGCUCUACUCAAGGCCUGUAGUAUUGCUCAGCAGGUCGAGGACACCGCUCCAGUACACACCGGCACCGGCCCGCUGCAGGGUGCGCCCGGGGACGGGACAGAGAACAAACCUCUGACAGAGUCCUCCCAGACUCUGGACCCCCGCCCAGCUCGGGACGUGUCUCCGCCGGCCCGGCCUUGCCCGACACCGGGCCUGGACGUCACCCAGGUGGGCAUGAGCAAGAGGGGCGCGGCCGGCCUACGGGAGCUCCUCCUCCUCCACCACGGCCCCGCCCAGCCCAACUCUCUCCGGGAGAACCUUCUGGAGAGCCUGAGGAGAACUCUGAACGAGUGGCGCACCGACGGGACGCGUGUGUUCCUGUACGGCCCGGACCCCGCCCCCGUCACGGGCUCAGAGGAGGAGAAAGACGAAGGACUGGGGGAGGAGGAGCUGGAUGAGGAUGACCUUGAGGAGGAUGUGGUGGUGGUGGUGGCGGGCAGGAUGGAGGACGGAGGGCGAGGGCUGCGGGCCAGGCCCAGCGCCCCGGCCCCAGACUACGACACGCUGCAGCAGGAGACCCGGGAGCAGGAGCUCCGCGUGCAGGAGUUCUACCAGGGGAGCUGCGUCCUGCCUGGGGACGCGGAGCAGCCCGCCGGACACCCCCAGGCUCCAGCCCAGGGCCGGGACACCAAGGACCCCAUCCUGCCCCUGGUGGACUCCCAGGCCCAGACCCUCAUCCAGAAACGCAUCACUGUGGACCAGCUCACCAGGAGCCUGAGGAACAUCGUGGGCCCUCUUGGUCUGACCAUGACCGACGUGUCCACACACCUCAACGACCUGGUCCGCACCUUCAGUUUCACCAACACCAACAUCAUCCACAGACCCCCGGAGUGGACCCUGAUAGCUGUGGUCCUACUCCACCUGUUGGCGGAGGUGUCGGCCGCGGUGCAAGGGGCCCUGGCGGCCCCAGGGUCCGUGCAGCACGUCAACAAGCUGCUGCGGGAGCUGAGUCUGCAGCGGCCAGAUCUGCUGACCUUACUCCAACUCUUCAGGACCCUAGCGCACUGACACACGCACCUGCACACCUUUUGGUUUGCAACGACGGGGACAACGAGAAAUUGACAAUAAUAUGAAAUAAAAAAAUGAGUAGGCAACAUGUUGGUCCUCUGAUGUGAUCCAAUAAAUGUCACGUCGUUCAUUACGGUCGCUGAGUUCCGUUGUUUGUUUAGGAAUUGAUUUGUGUGCAAAUAAUUUUUUCACAUAGCAGAUGAUAUGCCUUACAGUGAUAUAAACAGGCUGUAAAUGUUGUCAUGGUACAGCAAACCUUCUGGGAUAGACAGCACAGGCAAUUCAGGAUUUAAAAAACAACCGUAAAAGCCUGUUACUUUUUAGGGGGAGUGAGCAAACGAAUUUAGUAAUAUGAGGAGUGAUAAGAUAAUUUGAGCUGACGGUGCGUGUGGCUUGCCAUAGUAAUCAGGCCUUCCUCCAUAUCGUGCUAAGAAAACCUCUCCACAUGAAAUGUUUCGGGUCAUUAGGUAAUUUGUUCAGGAGGCCUGUGUGUGGAUAUGUCCAUUAACGUCCAUAAAUCCUGCUUCCUUUUGAGCUGACCUGUAAAUUGUGGUCGUGAUUGUUGGAAAUAAUGGUACGCGUUUUGGUCAUAUUUAAGAACAAGGUUUAAUUCAUUACAUUACAAAAUAAACAAGUACGACUAACCCUAUGGAUCCUACAUGAAAAAAUAAAAUAAAUUAAAACGGCAAAUUAAAUAU